AUGGGCGAGGACCUCAAAACGAAAAGGGAAGGACCUCAACCUCGUGUCACGAGCCACCAGAGAACCCAAGGUAUUCCCAUCUGUGCAAAAGAAACUCCAGUGGAGCAUGGUCUAUCGAGCUUGCUUGAGAAGCCCAUAUUUGGGGAACUGCAAUUACCAGAGCUUGGUGGGUCUGGUUCUUUCCAGCAAGUUAUCAAGCACAGUCUUGGGGAAGAGAGCUGCAAAACCGUUUUGAGUCGUACCAUGAGCUUGUGA